ACCAUGUGGAUAAACUCCAUAUCAAACAAACAGCUCGUCGCCCUCGACCAGCCAGCCACCUCCACCUCCGCCUCCAAUGCCGCCCAUGGCCAUCUCCACCCCGCUCGCCGUCCGCGCGUCUCCCACCGGCCUCCUCUCCCGCAGGCGGGGGGAAGCCAAAUCAUGCGUGCGUCUCCAAGUCUUACUCAAAUUUCCACACAUAGGAUUGCAAUUUGCAGCACCAGGUAUUUCUUCAAGGUUGGAUGACAGGAUACAUUGCCAUUCUUCUCUGAGGCAAAAUACAAUUGUAGCAUCAGAGAAUGAAAAUCCACCUUUAAUGCCUGCCAUCAUGACUCCUGCUGGUGCUCUUGAUCUGGCAACUGUAUUGCUGGGAAACCGUAUAAUCUUCAUUGGUCAAUACAUUAACUCACAGGUGGCACAGCGUGUAAUAUCACAGCUCGUCACACUCGCUACUGUUGAUGAAGAGGCUGAUAUUCUGAUCUACCUCAACUGCCCAGGCGGAAGUCUCUAUUCCAUCUUAGCAAUAUAUGAUUGCAUGUCCUGGAUCAAGCCCAAAGUUGGGACAGUGUGCUUUGGUGUUGUUGCUAGCCAAGCAGCAAUUAUACUUGCUGGCGGUGAGAAGGGAAUGCGCUAUGCUAUGCCAAAUGCUAGAGUCAUGAUUCAUCAACCUCAAGGUGGAUCAGAGGGUAAUGUGGAGGAGGUGAGGCGACAGGUUGGGGAAACCAUUUAUGCUCGUGAUAAAGUUGAUAAGAUGUUUGCUGCUUUCACCGGGCAAUCCUUGGACAUGGUGCAACAGUGGACAGAGAGGGAUCGUUUCAUGUCUUCAUCUGAAGCCAUGGACUUUGGACUACUUGAUGCCCUGCUGGAAACAAGAUACUAAUGAACACACCUAGCUACAUUUUUAUUAGCAGAGGCUGCUACAAGGACUCUGGAAAGUGAAGCUGAAACUGAGAAUUUCGCAGUCCAACUAGUUCAAAGCCUUCAAUGACAUCUGGAUCUGUGAGCUUUGAAUAUAGAUCAUCGUUCAUUUGAGCAGCCGCAGUUUGAUCCCUGCGUUGAGUGUGGUUUCCGCAUUUCUUUUUUGGAUCUGCAGUUUUUGGACCUCACCAGUUUAUGGUCCCAUUACAUUGGGCAUGAUAAUGUUUAGGGUAGGACACCGAUGAUGAGACGUAGGGAUGAAAACGAUCGAAAGUGGUUGGAAACGAUAUCAUUUUUACAUAUAUGGUUUCGUUAUGGGCGUGGAUUUUUCA